AAGAGGACUAGUACUGAAAGAUAAAUCCCGUUCGAGAUCUAGUUUUUAAAUCUUGUAGACAGAUGCGAGUUGGUCAUCAGAAUGUUCAACUUCAUUACGAGCUGAAGAUUUCUAAAUAUGAGAAGAUGACCAGAAACAGGGAAAUUGAUCAACAGUCAGAACAAAAUUAAGGAUAAGACUACAUAGCAACACAGUAUGGACAGUCGGCCGGAUAACAUUCCAGGCUUCGAGGUGGAUCAUCUGGCCACCUAUACCUCAAGAUCAGGCCCCAUGAGUGUGGAAGAUGGCCUGAGAAAACUGAAGCACAUGGAGAACACAACUGGCAUCUGGACCAUGAGAUGUGAGAUGGUCGUGGAGUCCAGAGACAUUGUCAUCAUAGACAAGGGUAACGGGGAAGAACAAGAGAGAUUCCCAUUACAAACUGUACUGGAGCCAACAGCUGUAGUGGAUGAUAAAAACCAUGAGGUUUAUUCCAAUCUCAUCCUGUUCACAGUGAAGGAGGACCCUAGAAACAAAUACUCACCCACAGACAUGCACAUCUUCCAAAGCACAGACAAAAUGGCACCAAAUAUUGUAGAUGAAAUAUUGGCAGCCAAGGAAGGUCGUCGACGUCCAAACUACGGUCCAAAUGGUGUACCUCCAAGACCUCAAGGCCCAGCCCCUAAUCCUCCUUAUGACCCUCCUCAGUCUCAACAAGUCAUGAACAACUAUCAGUCCUCCUCCAAGACUUGGGUUGACCAAGAUUUCCAGAAUGCCUCCCUACCAGAUUAUGGUGGAGGUAGUACUGUGGCUAACUAUGCGAGUUCCAGUGUGAGUCAGAGACAAGGCCUGAGUCAGUCUAUGAACCCACGUGCAUCUUACUUGCCAAACAUGGAUGACUCCGGACAAAAUGAGGUGCUGGAGCGUGAUGUGCAAUUACUGAAUUGCUGCUUCGAUGACAUUGAGAGAUUUGUCUCUCGACUUCAGGCAGCAGCUGAGUCAUACAAAGAACUUGAAAGACGCAAGCGUGAACGUAAUGCCAGAAGACACAAAACACGUGGAGGAGAAGGAUUAUUGAAUAUGAAAGCAAGACCACCACCAGCAGAAGACUUUGUUGACAUUUUCCAGAAAUUUAAAUAUGCCUUCAAUUUGUUGGCCAAACUGAAGGCACAUAUUCAUGACCCUAAUGCACCAGAGCUGGUUCACUUCCUGUUUACACCCCUCAGUCUGAUCUUUGAGGCAAGCCGUGACCCGAUACAUGGAGGAGCUGAUUUAGCCAACCACGCCCGUUUCCCUCUUCUUUCUCCUGAGGCAAAACAACUCCUCCUUAACUGCUUGACUUCUAAAGAACUAGAAUUGUGGCAAGCCCUGGGGAUUCACUGGACAACAAACAAGGACGAGUACAAUGGACCUAUGGAACAGUACAACCCUCGAUUUUUCAAUGGUUGGACACCUGCUCCUCCAGUGUCUUCAGAACGCAUGAUGAUGGAGGCUGCAGUCAGCAAUAUGGGUCAUCAGAUUGAACGACGGACAAGGGCUUACCAAUCCCCUGAUGUUGAUGACAUUAUGAUGCCGUACCCCCGACCUGACGGACGGAGUUUCAGACCUGUGGAGCGACCUGACGAGGGCGAGGAUAUGUAUGCAAGGUCAACAAAGCCGUCAUCACAGCCUCCACCAGGGGCCAUUCCCAACACUAACGUAGCACAGUACCAGGAAUAUGUAGAGAAACACAUUGAUAGAAACAAAGGAAUCCACCAGUCAUCACGACCCAGUCCGACCCCGGCCAAACCAAAGAGUAGACAGGAAGAAAACCUACAGUUUGCUAAGGAUCUACAGGGACAAAACAAAGUAAUGUAUGAGAUAGUUCAUGAGCGAGAAGGCCGAAAUGAAAAGGAAAUUACUGUACAGAAAGGAGACAUUGUUGAGGUAAUAGACAGCAGUCGUAAUUGGUGGAAGGUGAGGAACUACUUAGGCCAGCAGGGGUAUGCCCCCUACACAAUAAUGAAGGAAUAUACCCCCUCCUCAAACUUCGGAGCUGACCGGAAUGAUUUCAAUAACAGACACAGUGGAGGCUUCACCAGUUCUAUUGCACCGCGCCACAACAUCCCCGUACCACCACCCAUGCCCCCUGACAACCGUAUGGGAGCUCGUAGAGACAGCGGCGAUAAAGCUUAUGAAGGACGAGGAAGAAGACAGGACAGUGCGCGGGACAAGGUAGAUCGCUCUUUUGGCAGUCAUGAUAGUAAUUACAGUAGUAGCAAUGAGGACAGUAUCGAUCGCGACAUCAGGUGGGACAGAAAUGGAGAAAGGUACGAUGAUAGACGAGAUGGAUAUCACAAGGAGAGACAGGAUCACCGUGAUGAUAGGUAUGAGGAGAGACGAGAUGGACGACAUCACGAGGAAAGAUGGGAUCGACGCGACGACGGUAGGGAUGAGAGGAGAGAUGAUGAAAGGAGACAAGAUAUAGCGGUCCCACCACCACCACCAACUACUAAACCACCAGCAAUUAAAAAGCCAAAGCAGCCAUCUGUAAAACCCAAGAAACCAGCCCCGAAGAACGACCUGCAUGAUGAACUGAAGAAGAGAGUGAGUACACACGUGCUGGAGGCGCCGAAGGGAACAACUUACAUAUCAAAAUAUUCUGAACCAGAUGAGAUUAAGGACUGGCUGCUUACCAAAGGCUUCAGCAGGCACUGUGUUAACACAUUUGACGGGUAUAAUGGCGAAGAUCUUUUUGCCAUGCAACGUAAGGAAAUGAACCGACUGCUGGAGAAAGAUGAGGCGCACAAACUGGACAGCAUGCUGCUGGUUCAGAAAAAAAUCAGCAAUUAUGGCACAAGAGGUGGCUCAGAGCUGAGGAAAAUCCUGGAGGACCGAAAGAAAAAAGCGGAGACGUCGACGUCUGCACACAUUGGUAGUGCUCCGUCAUUCGCCCCUGAAUCCCCUGAUUAUAGUGAAGAGGACUCUGACAUUUUGGAGAAAAUACAAACAGAUUUUGAAAAUAUGCUGGACACAUAUUGAGUUCCUUAUUGACAAUGGUGAUCGCUCUGACGAUUUUGUUAACGCUGGAAAGACAUUGAGGGCUCUGUUACAGAACCGCCGAAGAAAAAUCCAUACUGCUACAUAUCAACAAGACAAACAAGAGUGAUGUGAUACGUGUUUGGUGAUUAAGUGUACAAUAAUUAUUUAUAUUGUGAUUAAAUGCAUAUCCAGUUCAUUUAUUGUGAUUAAGCGUAAAUUCAGUACGCAUUGACCGUUGAUAUGUUUAUCGUGAUAACAUUCACAUCAGUACUCAUUUAUCGUAGUAAUGUGCACAUCAGUCCAUAUUUAGUAGGAAGUGUCAGUAUCUACAAAUAAUAGAUUCUAUUGCUCUUUAUAAAAACUUUUUUUGCAAUUAACCCUUGACCACAAAUUGAUUCUUGUGCAGCAAUUACUGACUAGUUCUGUUGAACAGAUAGAUUUUUAUUCUGCAAACAAUACAUAUUAACCUGCUUUACCACACUCCAGUUACAUCUGCUGAACCACUGUAUAUAUGAUACCACAAUAAUGUAUUCAAUUUUACAUGUCUGUCAAAUCAAAUCCUUGUUGUAACAUGUGUACACAACCUAUCUAUAAAAAUACAUUGAUUUUUACUUAAAACUAUUAAUAGCAGUUUUAUAGCAACUGUCUCUUAUAUCCAUCAAAAUUUUAGUUUUGAGAAAGAUAAUUUUCAGCGAGUUCAUCAAAUUUUUGUGUGCUGAAAAGAAAAAUAUUUCUGACAUAGUAUUUCCAGUCAUAAGAACAUGACUGGCAUGUACAUCACUGAUUUCAGACUGGGACAGGAUGGGCACUGCAGGUCAGACACUCUUGUUUGAUAACAUUUUUCAUGGUUGGCAUUUAGUAAAAAAAUCUUAGAUUUCACUUAUUGUUAAAAGGAUGAUAUGUGAUGUGAUAAGUAUUCAGCAAUACACUUUUAUAUGCAAAUGAUUUAGCUACAAAUGUCUGAUUGAAGUACAAUAUUGAAUAUAUGAAAAUGUACACAUAUACUAUAGUUAAUAUCCAUUAUUCAGUGCUUUGUGAAUAAUAUACAUUGAUUUUGUAUGUUUGUUAUGUAAACAUGUUAAGUAGAUUUAGAAAUGUUCACUUGGUUUUUUAAUAACAUAUACAAAUGUUUUGAAAUUAUAUAUGCAGGUGAUUUGCAGAACAUAUGAAGGUACACAUGUCUUGGAGAUCAUAUGUACAUGCACUUGUUUUGUAGAUGUCAUAUGAAUGUUGACAUCUUUGGUAGAAUAUACAUGUAUAUAUAUAUAUACAUACGCACAUAUUUGUAGAACAUAUACAUGUGCACGUGUGAGCUAGAUGAUGUGUAAGUACUCAAGUUUAUAGUUGAUGUAUAUUACAUGUGUUUUGUAGAUAUCAAUGUGUAUGUCACAUGUUUUGUAUAUUUUUGUAUGUACAGGUGUUUUAUUAAUGUGUGAGUGUUUUGCUGUUUACAUUAUGCAAGCAUCUUUGGUAGAUCAUAUGUAUAUACGUGAACCCAUGUUUUAUAUAAUAUGAGUAUUUACAUGUGUUUCAAAGAACAUAUGUAUGUGCAUAUUUUCAGAUGACUAACAGGUUAGAUCGAUGAACUACAAGUACUUUGUACAUUGCUGUUUGUACAUUGCUGCAUUACACACAUGUUUUGUACAUUGCUGCAUUACACAUGUGUUUUGUACAUUGCUGCAUUACACACGUGUUUUGUACAUUGAUGCAUUACACAUGUGUUUUGUACAUUGCUGCAUUACACACGUGUUUUGUACAUUGAUGCAUUAUACAUGUGUUUUGUACAUUGCUGCAUUACACACAUGUUUUGUACAUUGAUGCAUUACACACAUGUUUUGUACAUUGAUGCAUUACAUAUGUGUUUUGUACAUUGAUGCAUUACACACAUGUUUUGUACAUUGAUGCAUUACACACGUUUUGUACAUUGAUGCAUUACAUAUGUGUUUUGUACAUUGAUGCAUUACACACAUGUUUUGUACAUUGCUGCAUUACACAUGUGUUUUGUACA